AUGCCGCCAUCUCCUAGCCCCAGCGCGUCAGAGUCACGGCCAGCUCUCACGUCGGCGCCAGCGCACAGCAUGGAAGAGGAUCAACAAGCUUUGCGCACGGCAGACUGGAUACUCUUGUGCACGCUUGCUGGUAAAUGCACCGAAGUGGAUGGCGGGCUGUCAGCAGAGCUCGUCAACCCUCAACUAUUUCGCGUCAGCACCAGUGUGAGGCUGCCCCCGCCGCCCCGCAUCUACACCCGGGAAAUGUCACCUACAUCAAGUAACACCAUCUCCGUCACAGCCGCACUCGGCAGCUGCCACGCCUCGUUGGGUCGAUCAGCUUUACCCACACGCAGCCGGUUCGCACAAUGCAUGCUCAUAUCUGAACAGCACAGCCCACGGUACACCUACGCCCGCAGCUAUAACAACGCCACUCCUGCCAUCACUAGGCAAUGCCGUUCCCCGCCAUGGCCACGUCAUUACGAGGUUUGUCAGCCUCUCCAGCUCGCGGUCAGUAUACUUCAAGUUGACCUCGGCACGGACAUCCUCACCCUCAAGGAUAUAUACAAGCACAUGAAGCACGAGCCAUAA